AAAAAAAUCACCAGCCACUCCUCACUCACAACACAGCAGGGUUAGGAGGGUAAAGAAAGGACUCAGUUUUACAGCUAAUAUUGAACCUGUCAACUAUGGCGCAACAGAUGACUGAGUGGAACAGUGGCCUCUUCAGCUGCUGUGACAGCAUGAGCACCUGUUGCUAUGGUUUCUGGUGCUGUCCGUGCAUGGCGUGCUCUGUGGCUGGGGGCUUUGGAGAGAACCGCUGUCUCCCUCUGUGUGACAUGUUCAGCCCGGCCAUCACCUCCGCCAUUGGUCUGCCCCUGUGUGUGCCCCCCGCUGCCCUGGCACUGAGGGUCGGACUGAGACAUAGAUACGGCAUCAAGGGCAGUCUGUGUAAGGACAUCUGCACGUCUUGCUUCUGUGAGUGGUGCUCCUACUGCCAGAUGCACCGAGAGCUCAAAUAUCGUAAGAAACAUCAUGCCAAUGUGGUCAACAUGCAGCCUGCCCCCGCGGGUUUCGUAGCCAAGUAGACUCCCAGUACCUCUGCUGAAGUGUACAAGCAAAGAUAUGACUACAGUACUACUGCAUUACUGAGCUCAAGACUAUGACUACAAUGUCCACACCAAGAUAAUGGAUAAAGUACAUUAUAAAAAUGUGUGUAAAAGUUAGUUCUUAAAGGCUGUAUUUUAUAUCAGUAGAUUUCUUCUAUUAUUAAACUUUUUCUUUUUAUUGAUCAUUAUGAAGAUUAAUUAGAGAUUGAAUAAAAUGAUAUGGACAGCAGUAAAGAAGUAUACCAGGCUGGGUGAAUAGGCCUUGAUUUUGUUACAUUGUUGAACUUUAUUGUUGAAUUUGUUGAUAAUCCCUAACUAAUAUCUGUCCUUGGAAGUGAAUUAUGAUGUUUAAUAAUUAGUACAUGUGACCUAAAUUGUACCAAGCAAUAUUAAAUUACAGUA